CUGGAAAUACCAUUGGGACUCCUUCGUUGCAAGUGUCCAUUGAUUUACGUGUGGAUUUUGUUUGUCGCCGUGCGUGUGCAGCUUGAUGCAGGAUGUCUUUGAAAAUCGACCCAUUAUCGGCGAAACCUGCCCAGGAACAGUUAUUACAAAAACCCACCGUGGAACCAACCCAAGCCGAACCCUAUGCCUCCAUCCCGUACCCUAUACCCCUAGUCAUCGGCCUGUUGGUGGGGGCCCAAGUCAUCAUCAUCAUGUCUGUUCUCAUCUACAUCUUCACUCGUUCCAAUAAAACCGAUGAACCAUCAUCCAGAUACGGCGAGAUAGGCUGGUCCCCUCCUCACUCCGGCUCCAGCCUCUGGGGGAGACUGAGGAUGAAAGUCCGCUUCCACUCCCAGACCAGGAAGAUGAGUUCCAAGUACAUACCGGAGACGAACUUUAUCGAGAAAUGGAGGAGUAGGAAACGGGAUAAUGUAGCCGCCCAUCCGCGGACCACUUCGGCACCCAUCGAGUUCACCAUCCCGACACGGCCCGAAACACCAUUUCGAGCAAAAGCCAACGAGAAAGUACGGCCGUACCCGUUGACGCCGAUGGCAAAGCCGAGCCUGGAGCCGUGGAUAACUCCCCGGAGACGUCGCCCUUUCCUCACCAUGGCCAAGAGGACCCGGAGCCUACAGCAGACGGAGUUAGACAAGCCUCAGUGCCGAAUGUCGCGGUCCAAUUCCAUGCCGAAUAGUCUUGCUCAAGCCGCCGCGGCCAUGGAGGCUCGCCGCAUCAAACAAUCAACCCCGUGCGACACCACCAUCGGGCAGAUCGAACCAGACCUGUAUCGUAUUGACGAGCAGAAUGAAGUCUACACACCCUCAAAGUUUGGCCUGGGAAAGCUGUCGUUCUCGCUCUUCUUCGAUAGCCACGAGGGCCAGUUGACUGUGUACCUCAUACAGGCCGUGCAACUACCGGCGAGAACCGAGCGAGCCACGGCCGACACAUUUGUUGAAGUGUCACUGCUGCCGGAAGAAGAAAGGCGGUCGGCAACCUCAAAGGUCCAAAGAAGAACAUUGAACCCGAUCUACCGCCAGAACUUUAUCUUCCGACUUCCCGAGGAUGAAGUGGUUCACACGGUGGUGAAGUUCACCGUGAUUGGACUCGACCGUUACUCACACCCCGUUCACAUUGGUCAAGUCGUCCACAGACUGAGUGACCGAGACUUCUGCCUGUCUGCCAGUGACGUCAGCGUGCCGAUUUGGCGGGACAUUGAACAAUCUGACCUGCCAGAGGAGCCAAAGCAAGGUGAUCUGCUGUUCUCUCUAACAUACCUCCCCAAUGCUGAGCGAGUAACGGUCACUAUAUUGAAAGCUCGUAAUUUACUCCUCCCGGAUUCAGAAGAUCCAGAUGCCAGAAAACUAGUAAUGGACACAUUCGUCAAGGUCUCCGUGGUGAAAGGGGGCAAAGUGGUUAGGAACAAACAAACUUCGGUGGUGAGAAGAAACGCAAACCCGUCCUACAAUGAGGCUUUCACCAUCGAUUUGAGAUGUGAGGAUGAAAAGGUAUGUAUAGUCUUUGCCGUGUGUCUUCGGGUGAACCCGUUCGCCGGCCACAAAACCCUUGGCCGGUGCCUCGUCGGUCCGGGCAAGAUGGCCUCCGCAGACGGCGCUGCCCACUGGCGUGAUAUGAUGGUCUCACCGAGGAACGCAAUGACGGCGUGGCAUCCUUUAAAGUAGCCAUUCAAAGAUACGAAGACCUGGGUGGGGCAGGUGGGCCUCUGAGUGGGGGUGCACCAAACUAAAGUGGCAGGUUCCCCCACUCCCAACCCUCAGCAGAGUUGCCCGGGAGACGGGAGUCACAACACACCUUGAUUUUGUAUUUCUACCAGUUCUGAAUAACGGGAGUCAAGAUUGCAAGCUUCACUGAAUGAGAAAGCUCCAACAUGAGGUUUGUUGAUUUUUUUUUUUUUUUUACUUUGAUGGGAAAUUGAUAAUUAACUGCUUUCAUCAAAAACGAACGGAAAUGCGCCAUGUUUACUGCCACACUAUAGACGGACAAUCAAGUUUGGUUCAAAGAUUAAGGAAGGAGUUUUCUGGCUGAAACUGAAUUAACAUAACUAUAGUAAUUAUGGCUGUCAUCACCGGGCCACGAGAAACGACCAGAACUACAGCAUACUCAAAAUGAGUCUGCAGAAGAUGUCUUAUUUUCUCUGUCAAAUUCCAGAAAUUAUCUUUAAUAAGACACUUUCCAUCUUUGAGAUUGGCAACAUCUGACAUAACUAAGGACAGCAUCUCAACAUGUAGGAUGGCACUUCCGGGGCUCCGUAGUUUCUUCAUGGAGGGAGGAAAAGCCUCAAUGUUUUCUUCAAGAUUUUUAUGUGCUUAGCAAAAGUAUGCUUUAAGCAGAUUUAAGAAAUGUAAAUUUAGUCAAGCUUUUGAAAUUCCAAAGAAAUGCCUCAAGCAAAAGGUUAAGAGGUAAAUUUCGGGAUAAAUAACAAACUUGUCACAACAUGUUGAUUGUUAAUUAAAAUCAAGUGUUAAUUUUCAGCUACCAAGUACAAAAUCUAUACACAUUACUUAAAACCAGACUGAUCACACACACAGACAUAAAAACAUGCCAAAUUAUUUCAACACUAAGUACACGUACUACAUUUCAAGAUUUCAGCAAGGGUUUGGCAAAAGGGUGUCCAAAUUUGCUGGAAACUUUAAAGUUGGUGUUCAAAUUGUCCACUUGCAAUAAAAACGGGGUAUCCGAGAGAAACCCGGACACCUAUAUGGCUAAAUGCUAUCAAAAACACUAAUGCCCUCAACGAUUUUACAGAAUGUUCUAUAAAUUGUAUUCUGACACUGAAUAAUAAAUAACACAACGCAUCAUUGCAUAGAAAUGCUGAAAAGGAUGCUAAUUGCUAGGUUUCUUGGGUUGAAUGUAAUGUUAUAUACAACAUUUGAUGCAUAUUGCAUACUAUGGGUACAAUUUAUCAGAAUUUAAAGGAACGUUACAGACUUGGUCAGAAACACAAAAAUCGUGAAGAUCACAGAUUUACAUCAAACACAGUCU